AAGAAAAAUGAGCAGCGAAGAAGAGAAGACAGAGUGUGUGAAAGAAGAGAAGACAGUUUGUGUGACAGGAGCUUCAGGUUACAUUGCCUCAUGGAUCGUUAAGCUUCUCCUUCUUCGGGGAUACACCGUUAAAGCCUCUGUUCGCGAUCCAAAUGAUCCAAGGAAAACAGAGCAUUUGCUUGCAUUGGAAGGCGCAGAGGAAAGGCUUAAAUUAUUCAAAGCAAACUUGUUAGAAGAAGGCUCUUUCGAUUCAGCAAUCGAUGGUUGCGAAGGUGUUUUCCACACCGCAUCGCCCUUCUAUCACGACGUCAAGGACCCUCAGGCUGAGUUACUUGAUCCGGCAGUGAAAGGAACGAUCAAUGUUCUAAGCUCUUGUCUGAAGACUUCCUCUGUUAAGAGAGUCGUCUUAACUUCAUCUAUAGCAGCUGUUGCUUUCAAUGGAAUGCCUCGAACACCCGAAACCAUAGUUGACGAAUCUUGGUUCGCAGACCCUGAAUAUUGCAGAGCCUCCAAGCUAUGGUAUGUACUUUCAAAGACAUUAGCUGAAAACGCAGCUUGGAAAUUCGCGGAAGAGAACGAUUUACAGCUGGUUUCGAUAAACCCAGCUAUGGUGAUUGGUCCUCUUUUACAACCAACCCUAAACACUAGUGCUGCUGCAGUACUAAGCUUGAUCAAAGGAGCACAAACGUUUCCUAAUGCGACAUUCGGGUGGGUUAACGUUAAAGAUGUAGCGAACGCUCACAUUCAAGCGUUCGAGAAUCCAACUGCCAAUGGAAGAUACUGUUUAGUAGAGAGAGUUGCUCAUUACUCUGAAGUUGUUAACAUUUUGCAAGAUCUUUACCCUGAUUUUCUACUCCCUGAGAAGUGUGCGGAUGAAAAGAUUUAUAUACCAACAUAUAAAGUAUCUAAAGAGAAAGCAGAGUCUCUUGGGGUUGAGUUUGUGCCAUUGGAGGUUAGCAUCAAAGAGACCGUAGAGAGUUUGAGAGACAAAGGCUUCAUCAGAUUCUAAAGUUUCA